GAGAAGGAGAUGCCACCCCUACAGGGACGAUAAGCCGGCCAGGUGGUGGAGGCACUCAAGGAACCGCAGAGGACCGGCGCAACGGUUUCUCCGGGACCCGACGGGACCUCAACCCUUCGCGCAUUCAUCCCGAUCGAGUGUGCUAUCCUGACGACCGACGAGCUGAUCCGUCCCCGCUUACCGUCUGCCAUUGGGUUUGUCACCACUGGUCCUUUCGCCCAAUCACACAUCCUCCGAUCAUAAUGAGGUCUACAUUCAGGUUGCUGGCCAACGUCAAGCCGGCUCGGUACUUGGAGCCUUUCGCUCCCACCGGCUUGACCGGCCUCGUCACUCACCCUAGCCCUCGCCCGACCCUGAUCUUCCUUUACACAUCCACCCUGGAGAAGCUGAAGGCUUUCCCCGAGUCUUCCGUCUACCGCCAGUCUACCGAGGCUUUGACCCGCCACCGCCUACAGAUCGUCGAGUCUACGAAGCCGCCCGGAUUCGAUGCUUGGUUAGAGCGUGCGAAGAAGGCCGUGGCUGCUGAACCCGAGCGCUUCGCUUCUCUUCGCCGUUCCGACGGUUCAUAUGCGGCCUUUCAGCGGGAUGAUGGAUCCGACAACCCUCGUGGUGAGGAAUGGGAUGGAGAGAGCAUCGAGCCGACCUCUGAGGGUCCUGCUCGCACAGCGGAGGAAGAAGCCCGGUGGCACCAGGCCAUUGAGGAAUCUACUAAGCCCGGGGCCGAUGCAGCAGCAGAUUUCUAUCUUAACGAUAUGAAGUGGGAGAAUGAACCCGCCCUGGAGGCUGAGCAGGUUGCCGAAAUCGAGAAACAGAUUGGCGCUGGCCUCAUCGAGGAGGUUAUCCAAGUUGCAGAGGGCGAGUUGAAGGUCGUUGACGAGCUGUACAAGUCUGGAGCGUGGGAGGAGCUCGAGGAGAAGGCCAGACCUGGCCAGUGGUCCUACUUUGAGCGCCAGACAGAGUAAGCAUAGAAUGUUGCUCUCAUGAAUGGAGGAUUUGAAACUAGAUCCCGACCCGCCUGUAAUUAUUAGUUCAUGUGUGAAACAAAAAUGGUUGUCAACCUUAGGCCAACAAUUUUCAUGACGGUUUAUCACUUUACCUGCAGCAAUGAUCGUGAUAUCUGCUUGCAUGGAUCCCGUGGGAGCUACGGACCUGGCACGAC